GCAUUGUGCUGCUCUAUUCCUGCAGAUUGCCUUACAGCCCUAUACAUAUAUAUAUUUAUUACAGCCCUUGAGCUAAGUGGAAUACGGUGUCAUAUAAUGAAUACCAUUUGAUUGGUUGAUUACAUCCUGUCGCUGUCGGGUUGAGUUCCUAAUCGACGUGACACUGAGGAGGUUUGACCGAGCCGACAGGCAGAGCUUACUGAAACCAAUAACCACUAAUUGAUAUUUAUUCGUAUCUGAAAUGUAAAUCUGUUUCUCAUCCAAUUCAAUCAGUGUUUUGAGUGUCAGAGUCGUAUCAUAUGAUUUUUGUUUUUGUUACCUGAGGUCUGGUGAUUGGCUACUCUAUGACUCCGCCCACCAUUGACAGCCACAAAGAAGACCUCGUGAUCCACGCAGAUGAAACACUGACCAUCACAUGCAGGGGUCAGCGUACUCUGUCCUGGGUGUGGCCUGAGACGACCCUGGUGGGAGAGGAGCUGACUGACCGUCAGACCGGACCCAGGCCCAGCAGAGCCCCAGGGAGAGAGGCCGAGACUGGGUCUGGAACCCCUGUUUGUACCCCCGGGGCUGGAGUUGUGGGAGACCACCCCGUGGCCGCGGAGCGGACUGGUACGCCUGCUUCGGUCCCUGUCCAGAGAAGGGGAGUCAGCAUCCUGGAGUGUCCAGGGGAGCCUGGAAGGCCCUAUUGCAAGACCCUGGUUCUCACUGGAGCUAAAGGGAAUGAUACAGGGUACUACCGCUGUUACUACAGAGAUGUCAAGGCUGUCAUCGACGGGGCCACGGCUGCUACUCUAUAUGUGUUUGUCAGAGAUUUGGAGCAGCCUUUCCUCAGGAGAAACGGAGGAAGCAACGGGGACCUGGAGACCAUCUUCAUAUCAAGAUCCUCCACUCACGUCACAGUACCUUGUCUAGUCACUGUGCCCGACCUCAACGUCACACUUUAUCUGUGGGAGACGAUACCUAUGCUCCUGGAGGAUGAGGGGAUGGUGUGGGACAACUCCAGACCUUUCCUCAUUGGGAUUUACUCUUGGCUUCUACGACAAGGGAGACACUACCGCUCUACUCUCUACCUGGUGCAGUCCACAGGAAGUCAGGUUUACGACUUCAAGCUCUAUCCAGAGGACUCAGUGGAGCUGUUCGUGGAGGAAGCACUGACGCUCAACUGUACCGCCACAGUGGAGUUUAACACCCUGGUCGAGUUCCAGUGGUCCUAUCCUGGAAAACAGAUGAACAGUACAGUGGGCAUAGUGCACAAGCGUAAUUCUCUCUCUCGGUUCACGGAGGCCGUCAGCAUCCUGACCAUCCAAAGCGUCAACGUCACCGACACCGGCACUUACACCUGCUCUGCCAUCAGCGUGGACAAAAAAAUGGAUCUGGAAACACAAGUCAUCGUGUAUGAGAAACCAUUCAUCAGCCUAGACUACAUGAGCGGCCCGGUCGUCGAGGCAACAUCAGGACAGAAGUCUUUUAAACUGUUAGUCAAGGUGUCGGCAUACCCCAGACCUGACAUACAGUG